CGCGAUGAAAUGAACAGACUUCCAGAGGUCAUGGCUAUUACUGGAGGGACAGUGGAAAGUUUAGAUGAAAUUCCACCUCAUGUGUGGAAAGGCCUACCUGACUGUUUGAGUCUUGGACCUUCUGCUGUAAAUCAAAGCCGCAUUGGGGUCUGGGCCACUCGGGCCAUUCCUAAAGGCGAGAGGUUUGGCCCAUUUGUGGGAGAGAAGAAAAAAAGGUCCCAAGUGACCAGUAAUGUUUACAUGUGGGAGGUCUAUUUUCCAACGCGGGGCUGGAUGUGUGUCGAUGCCACAGAUCCCAUGAAAGGAAACUGGCUGCGCUACGUGAACUGGGCUCGGUCCAGUGAAGAGCAGAAUAUAUUCCCGUUGGAGAUCAACAAAGCUAUUUACUACAAAGUUUUAAGGCCUAUCGGGCCGGGAGAGGAGCUGCUGGUGUGGUACAGUGUGGAAGACAACCCUGAGAUAACAGCUGCACUGGAGGAAGAAAGAGCCAGCAGUCUGAGCAGGAAAAAUUCACCCAGGGCGAAGCGAGCCAGAAGAAAGCUUCUUGAGAGAGCCAGACAGGCUGGUUUGGGUGGAUUCAAGAAAACAAGUGCAACCAAACUUACUAUCAAGGAGAUGUGGGAUGGGGAAGAAGGUCUGACUGAGGAGGACAAGAGGCCCUCAAAGGAAAUUCAGGAAGCUCAUUCCAUGGAAAGCAGUGACCCGAGAGAUGCGCAGGACAUUUCAGAAGUAAUGACUGACACAGGAAAUGGGCAGGAGGAAGAAGAGGAAGAGGAUGAAGAGGAGGAUGCAGACGAAUUAGAGGAUCGAAGUGUAUUACAGCAGCAAGCUGAGUGUUUGCCUGCGGCAGAAUCUGUGAAAAACUCACAGCCUAAUGAAGAAACCCGACAUUUGCAGUUCAAGUCAGAGUCUUCACUUCCAGAGCAAAAGCCAGAGAUCGAUCCUGAUCUGGAUCCUGACCCUGAUGGGGACACUGAAGGUGAUCCCCAAGCAGACUCGUUUCCCUGUCAGCACUGUGAACGGCAUUUUUCCACCAGGCAGGGUUUGGAGCGUCAUAUACACAUUCAUGCCAUCACCAACCAGCAAACACAGCUGUUCAAGUGUAGGUACUGCAGUAAAUCCUUUGGCUCACAGGUUGGGCGUCGUCGUCAUGAAAGAAGACAUGAAAAUGGGCUAAAGAAAAGACCUGGCUCCCUGGCCGGAGCUGCUGGUCUACUCAGCCCCGUGGCAAACACUGAUGCUUCAAGUCCUGAUUGUACAAGUCCAACCAGUCACUAUAUAGCCAUAGGGUCCCAGUUUACAGGGGGAGCUCUGCACAACUCUGAAAUGCAGAGAAAGGAGUUGGGACCUCAUACAGACCGUCCCUUUCUAAUGGAUGAAAAUGGAGAGUCAAAAGAACUCCAUCCUUGCAAGUACUGUAAUAAAGCAUUUGGUACACACACCAAUAUGCGUCGACAUCAACGCAGAAUACACGAACGCCACUUGUUACCAAAGGGAGUUCGCAGGAAAGGUAUGCUGCUGCAAGAGGCGCAGCAACAGCAGCCUGAUGAGUCCCCCAGCACCAGCCCUCCUCCUGUCUAUGUGCCCAGUGCAGACACAGAAGAUGAGGCUGACAGGGAUGAUUAUGCAGUUGACAUAUCCAAAAACAUCUCUGAGAAUCUGAGCUUCUACAUUGAUGGUAAAAUCGUUUCAACCAACACAGUGAGUAGCUGUGAGGUGAUUGAGGUGGACUCUAGAUCUGCUGCUCUGUUUGGUCUGGACACAGUUAUAAUCAGCCCAAAUCAGAUCAGUCAGGCAAUAAAGGUGGAACAGAGAACGAAUACGACAAAACAGGUCUCCAACAUAGGCCAACCAGUGUCAAAAAGGAGGACAUCCACGCCCCCGCUUGUUCCCAACCUUAAAGUAGAAACAGAAACGCCAUCUUUGACAACCUCCUCAUCUUCAUCAUCAUCAUCACCUUCUACAUCUUCGUCAUCUAACCUGUUAGUAGGAGGACUGUUCCAGCAAGCUACAGAUACAUCAGCAUUUCAGCGAGAAAAAACUGUUUAUCUCUCACCUAAGCUCAAGCAGCUUCUUCAAACGCAAGAUGUUCAGAAAUCAUCCAUCACUCUUGUAACAGAAAGCCAUAGACUGGCUUCCCCGCUGUCACUCUCACCACUGCAGGCAGCUCCCGGCAGGUUUAAAAGAAGAACAGCUUCACCUCCGUCAUCGCCACAGCUCAGUCCUGCAUGCAAAGUGGAGAGCUGCAAAGCUGAGGUGGCAAGCUCAUACACCCUUAAGGUGCCAAAACUGGAAAGCCAGAGUGCACCACCUUCUGGUAGCCUGCUGGAAAAAGAUGAUGGCGGCUCUCACAGCCCCUCUGAAAAUAACUUGCACGGCCAGGCCUCAUCUAGUAGUGGAGGAAAUGCCUGUAAUCAGCAGCCCUUGGACCUGUCGAGCUCUGUCAGCAGAAGAAGUGACACUCUGAACAAGAUGCUUGGGGAUUCGGCUCUUGAUUUAAGCUUGCAUCGGAAGAGCACUGUCGAACCUGAAUUAAAGGGGAGUCCCGGACCUCAGCCACCGAUAAAAAAGAGGAAGCCUAACACCAGCAUGCUUGAAAAGGUGCUAAUGAAUGAGUAUGUUGGUCUACCCUUGGCUGCUGAGGAGAGCCCCGCUGCCUUAGCAAACAUAAGUUCUUUUCAUUCUCGCUCACCAAAUGUGUCAGAGUCUGCCCACCCAUCUCCACCAUCUUUGACCCCUGUCACCAUGAACCCCUCUUCCCCUGGUACCUCUAGCGUGACAUCCCCAACCCCUCCUCCCCCUGUGCUACCUACAAUUCCUUCCCCACCAGCUAUGCCAAGCUCUCCUCUUUCUCAUCCUUCAGAUUCCUCAACAGUGAGACCUCUUCCUGUCCUCUCACCAAAAAUGUCUCCAAGAUCAGUUGAACCCAAGUUGCUGUCAGACUCAGAGGAGGUCUUGUCAGCUGAAGAAAGCAAAAAUGAGGAGGAGGACAAUGUUUGUGAGCCACUGGACUCCCCUAGCCCUCAACCUAAAGAUUCCUUUAAUCACUCAGUGACCCUAAGCUCACCGGAGCCCUCAUCAGUAGAUCAACACAGUACAGAUGAUAAUGUAGCUAAGACUAUGACUUGCAGUGAUCUGCUUAAUGGUAAAUUGAAUCAAAACCAUGAUUCAGUAGCUGAGAAAUCCCUUAGCUCAGACAGUGCAGCUCUCUCAUCCCAGGCAGAAUCCCCAUCUCCUUCAACAUCUCCCCCUCCUCCCCCUAUAUCACACAGCCCAUCCCCAUCCCAGGUUUCAACCACCCCUCAGAUUAAGGUAAAAGAGGAGCCCCUUAACGGUCUUGAUGAGUUACCAGUUUCAAAUUAUGCCCCUCAGGAUGUUGUCAACUCUUCACAACAGCCUGCUUCAGAUAAACCCCUUGAGGAAAAUGACUCGACAUACUGCAAGACUUUUGUGUGUAAUGUCUGUGAAGAGCCAUUUAAUUCCAUCAAAGAGCUCAGUGGACACAUCAUAGAUCAUGCUGUGGAUUGGCCCUACAAGUGCGAGUUCUGUGUGCAGCUCUUUGCUGACUCUCCAGCCCUACUCGCUCACCGGACGACCCUGCAUGGGGUGGGCAGGAUCUUUGUAUGCUCUGUUUGUUCUAAGGAGUUUGCAUUUCUCUGUAACCUUCAACAGCACCAGCAAGAUCUGCAUCCUAACGAGAUGUGUUCACACACAACUGUAGAAAGUGGCAAACUUAGGCCACAAAAUUACACAGAUCCAGCCAGAGCCAAAGAUGAAAGCAGUCCCCCAACACCAGCACCGGAUACUUCUGAUGAAACUGCUGUACAUAGUGAUGAUUUAGAAAAAGAAGAACCUGAUGUUAAUGGGAAUCAUGAUGAGGAGGGGGCAGAGGACCCAAAUGAGGAGCUGUACACUACAAUAAAGAUCAUGGCGUCAGAGGGAGGGAAGCCCAAAGGGCCGGACGUCCGCCUUGGUCUUAAUCAACACUACCCCAGUUUUAAACCACCCCCGUUUCCCUAUCACAGCCGCUCUCAUGCAGGCUCUGUGGCAUCAGCUACUAACUUCACCACCCACAAUAUCCCACAAACUUUCAGCACUGCCAUUCGCUGCACCAAGUGUGGCAACAGCUUUGACAACAUGCCUGAACUGCACAAACACAUUUUGGCCUGUGCCAAUGCGAGUGAUAAGAAGCGUUACACUCCCAAGAAAAACCCCAUCCCCCUCAAACAAAUAGUCAAGUGUCCCAAUGGAGUUGUGUCACCCACAGCAGCCAUUGCAGGCCAGAGUCCUUUCCGUAGAAUGGGUCAGCCAAAGAGACUUAAUUUUAAUCUUGAUACUGGUAAAACAAAAAUGAGUGCCCUGAGUAAGAAGAAAAACCAGUUAGUGCAGAAGGCAAUUUCUCAGAAAAAUAAAACUACGACAGCUGUAAAGAAGGCUACGGUUAAAGUUGAAACAGAGCAGGACUCCAAUGUCUGCCCCCACUGCAGUCGUGAGUUUACCUAUCCUGCAAGCCUCAAUAAACACAUGGCGGUCAGCUGUCCCAUGAAGCCUGUUGUGAAAAAGGUGAAAAAAGAGGUGAAAAAAGAAGUGGUGUCUGCGGCUGAUAAAAACAUGAAUCUAAGGAGGAAAGCUUCAGACUGUGAAACACCGCAGACAGAGCCAGAGGCCAAACGCCUCGGAAAGACCCGAGCUCGUAGCUCUGGUGUCACAGACCCUGAGCCCUCCCAGACCAGCAAAGGAAAAACUGCUGCUACACCGGGCCGAAUGAAGCGGCCCGCCUCGUUCCCGGCACCGGUAUCUGUAAGCAAAAAAACAAAGAAGGGCCAGGUUCAGUCUCUACCUCCCACCCCAUCACACUCGGACACUCCCAGUGACACUGCACAAAAACCAGCCAUGAGAAUGCAGCGUAUGGGCAAGGAGGCAGCACCCAAGAAAUUAGCAGAGGCCAAAACACCACAACCACAACAGCCGAAGAAAGAGGAGCGCUUCUCUCUUCGGACAAGAGAGAGAGUGGGUGGCCCAGUCACCAGGAGCUUACAGAUGGCCAACACAGCUCCCUCUGCUGAAGUACAGACUGAUGAACCACCACAUCAGGAACCAAAAGAGACUCAGGAGGUGCUGAUGAAGUGAGCCAUGUGGACAUUGUAGAGCUGUAGCUGAGAGUGCGGUGCUCACCUCUCAGACAACGCUCUGGACUGAUCUGGGCACUGACAGCACUGAGGUUGACUUUUGCAUUGGGCUCAUUCACUUAAACCAAGUGAAGUCUGCUUAUCUCAAAUGCCUUGCUGGAUUUAAGGAGGGAACGCUCUUUAUCUUCCAUCGACGUUAUGAAUCGAACUGAGCCUCGAUUUUUAGCCAGCCUUGCAAAAAAAGGAAAAAGAAUUUGUAAAUGACAAUGAGUUAAUAUAUACAAUGUGUGUCAUUACUUGACCCAAAACAGUAACAUUAGGGCUCCGUUAUGUUUGAAAGCUGAUCUAUUGCAAAUGGCAAUCAUGUAUUCAUUAGGGUUAGGGAAACUCUUUUAUUCUUUUGUUCUGUAUUUUUCCCCAUUUGAUUCUUUAGAUUUUUGGAUCUCUUCAGAGUCUCUUAAUGCAUGUGCAGAAUAGAGUGUAAACUAGAUCAAGCCGAUUUCCAUGUCUCUCCCAACGGGCACCUACUUCGAUUUGUACAUUGAUUUGAAAAGUAUGUUUGAUUUACGUUUCUGUAGUCAUGAUAUUGUUGAAUAUAUGUUAUUGGCUUAUUUUGUUUGGGAAACAAACAUGAAAAUGGCAGUUGUUUACUGCAAUAAUUGGUCCUCAGGAACACUGUACAUGUGUGUGGUAAGUAUGUGUAUGGUAAUGGUUGGAUGUGUGGCUUGAUAAUAGCUGUUUCUUCGGUCUAAAUCUCAAUUAUGUCUCAUGUUUUUACUUGCUUUCUCAUACGUUAUUGUUUAUCUGACACUAGCAGAUAAUUCCAGUUGUGAAAUGAUGGGAAUUCUGUCAUAGUCUCAUUAAAGCAAUGUCCUUCUCGACAAGAAAUUUUAAUAUCACUCACACAGCCCAGUGUUUUUACAGCACCUUAAAACAAACUGCCAAAAUUUCUAGCCGGAUCAGUGAGAUUGGCUUCAUUAAACAGUGAAUAAUGGAAUGUAUUCAGGUCUGUUGCACUUAGUAGGCACUGGUAAUUUGCACCGAAUUUGUGCACAUCAUCUAUCUACAAAAACUACUUCUAGCCUUUCUGCCAGCAAAGCUUUUAAAUUGAUUGCCUCUGUAAAGCAAUUUGACACAUGAAAAUUUCUAACAGACCAAGUUCGACAUGCCAAAUGGCGUGAUAAUGACUUAAAUCCUUAAAUACAGCAGUAUUUUUUGUUAUAAGUGGAUUUGUUGUUUCACAGUGUCAUUUUUCUCUCAACAGCCGUGCUACAGUGAUGUAACAGAAAUGUUUUUAAUCUGAAGACAAAGUCAUUUUUGUUUGAGCGAGUCGAUAUGUUUAGUGAGACUGCGCAUGAUGAAAAUGUCAUUAAGUCCCUACCAAUGAAAAGCUUCUUAUUUUUAGUUUGUAGUCUCUCCCGCGCUCAGCCCACCUUUUCGCUCUUGACCGUUUCCAAUUGUACCACUGGGACAGCAGACACACAUGCAGUGCUAAUGCUAACUAAAUGCUCGUAGCAUGUUAUGGGAAAGUAAAUUGAACAAUAUGAUUUGAAGAUAAUUUAUAUUUACUUGAGAAAACAUUGUGUUCUGCCUUCCAGCAUCAAGAUUAUGUAUUUAAGGAUGAACAAAGACAAAAAUCCCUAAUGACCUCAAGUAAAACAUUGCUGUAAUUGACAUAAUAAAACUUUUUUUUUU